GGUGGGCGUUACACAAAAAUAGGACAUUUCCUCGUCUGUUUGACGCGCAGCUAAGAGCUAACGACAGCUGGCGAAAAGGCGGCGAUAUCAGAGCUAAAAUGGAAGUGAAAGUAAGAUGUUCCUAAAGUGAGAUGCAACAUUCAUUCACGUGUAUGCUAGCUGAGUGCGAAAGCCGCCAGGGACGAUGAGUACGGAUCUUGUAUCGGACGCCUACACGCGUUUCUUCGCCGAUAACCUCCUGACCAGCGAGGACUGGGACGCCUGCCUGUACCGCUGUGACAGCGUGGAAGACGACCAUGACGACCAUGACACCGUUUCCAAGUACGACACGUCGUUCGACAACGACCUGGUGCUCAUGCUGGACGGCGGCGGCCCCUCGUCUCCGUGGCAACACUCGUGUCACGCAGGUGAUGGCAGCAGUCAGGGGAGUGCAGAGCCCAUGGAGUUGUUGUUGCAGGUCAAAUCUGAACCGCCGUCUCCUGCAUCGUCGCCAGGGACGGACCGCUUGCCGUCAUCGCCCGAUCCUCAGCUCCCGGUGAAAAGCGAGAACCCUCCCACUCCUCCCCACAUGUUUGGAGAUGUCAUGUCCCCCCCGCUGGGCUCCGUGGAGGUCACCGUGGCAACCACAGCCGCCUCGCCCACCCGCGGGGGCGGGGAUUCGCCGCCGGCGUGUACCACACGGCUGCACGCUGUCAUGGCCGCCAUGCAAACGCAGGCCGUAGUUCUUCCCGCCUUGACCGACAUCCAGCCCCGCCCCCUGUGCGUGGCCCACACGCCCACGCUGGCCAAGACUCUUGUCCUGCAGGGCGUUCCCGCCAUGGAGCAGACGCCACCAGGUGAGACAUGUGACCAGUGGACGGAUGACAUCAUCACUGAUGCUGCUCCUUCUUGUCCAGUGCUCUGCCUGGCGCCCGCUCCCGUGGUCAAGGUGGAGCCGCUCUCGCCCGCCCUCCCCCGCCACACGCCCCCCAGCAAGACCAUCGUCCCUGCCACGCCGUUGCCCAGCAACCACUGUAACGACAUCGACAUGAAGGUGCUGAAGCGUCAGCAGAGGAUGAUCAAGAACCGGGAGUCUGCCUGCCAGUCCAGGAAGAAGAAGAAGGAGUACGUGCACAACCUGGAGCUCCAGCUGAGGAGCGCCCAGCAGGAGAACCUCAGACUGCGCCAGGAGAACCAGGAGCUGAGGGACAGACUGGAGGGCAAGUGCGGUGAGACAAGCAGCAACAAGCGAGCGAUGUGUGUCAUGGCUCUCCUUCUUUUCAUCACCUUCAGCUUUGGACCUGUCAGCAUCAUGGACAGGAAGUUGACACCAGCCUUCCAAAAUGGCGGCGGGUCCUUUUCGAGUCGCCGGCUGCUGGAGAUGCAGCUGACACCUGAAGGCAAGAUGCAGAUGCAGCUGACACCUGAAGGCAAGAUGCAGAUGCAGCUGACACCUGAAGGCAAGAUGCAGAUGCAGCUGACACCUGAAGGCAAGAUGCAGAUGCAGCUGACACCUGAAGGGGAAGGGAAGCUCCUUCCAGAAGAUGAGGGCGGGACAUUUGAGUUCAGAAACACCAGCAACACCUUCAGUGACACCAAGGAGCUCCUCCUCCACGACCUCCAACGCUACUUUAACUCCGCCCACUGUCCACAGUUCAACCGCUCAGAGUCGCUCAGGCUGGCAGCAGAGUUGAGAGGUUGGGUUGACAGACAUCAGAUCAACAACAACAACAAGAAGAAGAAGAAAACUAAGUUGCUCAACAAGACCACUCCCACUCAGCGUGCUCAACUGAGGAAGACCAACAUGUCAAGAUACCUUCCCAUCCAGACACACCGCUCCAUUGAAAGUCAGCUGCAGGUUGUUCCCGGGCCGGAGGUUACCUACAGCCACUUCCUGGAUGCCAUUGAGCGUCGUGAGGACACUUUUUAUCUGGUGUCCUUCAGACGGGACCACCUGCUGCUUCCCGCCAUCAGCCACAACAAGACGCGUCGACCCAAGAUGUCGCUGGUCAUGCCCGCCAUGUCGGUGAACGAGAGCGUCUACAACGCCUCCCGCGGCUACGAGAUGAUGAUGCAGGUGGACUGCGAGGUCAUGGACACCCGCACGGUCCACAUCAAGUCCUCGGCCGUGCCGCCGUCGCUGCGUGACCCCCCCCCGCAGGACCCGCCGCACGCCCACCAUCACCACGGCAACCACACCAUCCUGCGUGGGCGUCAGCAGCCGCCGCCCUCAGCCCGCGGACGCCAGGACAAGUAUCUCAUCAGCCAAUCAGAGGGUGUCUGAAGAGGCGUCGCCAUGGCAACCUGUCUUUUCUACUCUUAAUUUAAUGCUUGUAAAAACAAGGUGUAAAUAUUUUGUACAACCCCCCCCCCCCACACACACUGGUCACAUGACCUCUGCCAGGAUGUCAACAAUGCUGUUGCUCGGUUACCAAAAGAUGCAAACAACAUUUAAUGCCCAUCAUUUCUGCCACUGACCUGCCUCGCCUCCACCCGCAGACACAAACACACCAAAAUAUGUCAAUCAAUAUAACAUCAACUGCAAAUUAUAAAUAUAUAUAUAUAUAUAUAUAUAUAUAUAUAUAUAUAUAUAUAUAUAUAUAUAUAUAUAUAUAUAUAUGUAUAUGUAUAUGUAUAUAUGUGUGUGUGUGUAUAUGCAUACUAUACAUGUACUGUCUAUAUAUACUGUGUAUAUGUACAUAUACACAGAAUAUAUAUAUAUAUAUAUAUGUGUAUGUAAAAUUUAUGUAUACAUGUACAUAUUUAUAUAUGUAUGUAUAUAUAAAUCUAUAUACAUAUAAAUAUAUAAUAUAUAUAUAUAUAUAUAUAUAUAUAAUGCACACCUUUUUGUAGCACUGCUAAUUGGAGCCCCCUCCUUGCAGGUACUGCUGAUGCGUUCACGGGAGUGCUGCUUGUGGGAUUUUGCACGCACACGUUACACAGAAGCACUAAUUCCACACCUAGGAACUCCACUUUAAUGAUAAAGUAUUGCUAAUCAAUGAUGUACAUUCAUGUGGGAUUAGGAAGACAGUCAACAGUCCUAAAAUUUAGCUUCUUCCUGCUCCUUUGCGGACACAUUCCUUCGGGGGUUUUUUAAACUAUUAUUUUUUAUUCCCUCACUAAUGUGGUGUUGUUCGAAUUCAUCUCGAUGUAAAAUGUUGUACGUGUGUUUGAAAUAAAUAAUAACAAACUCAA